GUAAAUUUUACCAGAAGAUGCUAAGUUGCACGAAGCUAAAAUUUGGUGCUCGAAACCGAAACUGAGAUCUCCAUGGGCUCAGUCGGCGAGAAAUUUUCUAUGGCUCGGUCGGCUCAGUCAUCGGGAGUGGUUCAGAGACGACGACAGCCACCGAUUACACCCGACCACCUUUCAGAUGUGACGGUUGUAGCUAUGGUUGUAGGUGUUUUGUGAUGUACCACUUUACAGGCUCUUCUGUGUCCUUUUGUUUGGGGGAUGGGAGGUCUUGCCUUUAGUAUGCGCUAAUCAAGAACGACUAGCAAUAGUUUUGUUGGUUCAACUUGCUGUUCCUAGGCGUUGCGGAUAGGUAAUAUGACGUCUGCAUUUUCAAGUGCUGUUGCUCUAAUAAAUGCUGGAGACCUACAUACCCUUGAAAGGUCUCUCAGUAACAAGCAUGUGAGCCCUGAUGAACGGGACGAGAAUGGCCAGACAUUGCUGAUGAUAGCUGCUCAGUGUGGACAGCUUCCCAUUGUUGAAGAACUGAUUAGGCAAGGAGCUGAUGUCCACCUAGAGGACCUUGACAAUUGGACAGCACUGCUGAAUGCUGCUAAGGAAGGAUAUACAGACAUUGUUUCAGAACUUGUUUUGCACAAUGCAGAUAUUGAGCAUCGAGAUAUGGGUGGAUGGACUGCCCUUAUGUGGGCAUGUUACAAGGGCCACACAGAGACUGCUAAGUAUUUGCUGGAGCAGGGGGCUUUCCCAAAUGUGCACGACCUGAACCACAUGUCCUGCCUUAUCUGGGCAGCAGGCCGGGGGCACCAGAGCAUCGUGGGUGACCUACUCAGUUACGGGGCUAAAGUCAACUCUGGCGACAAGUAUGGAACUACUCCAUUGGUCUGGGCAUGCCGUCGAGGGUUUACAGGCAUUGUUGAGAUGCUGCUAGAAGCAGGUGCAAAUGUUGACACUGCUGGGAUGUAUUCAUGGACGGCUUUGAUAAUAGCCACAAAGGGGAACUACUCUGACAUUGUCAGUAUGCUGCUGGAGUACAAGCCAAAUGUUAAUGCUGUUGAUGCUGAUGGUUACACUGCAUUGGCCAUUGCGUGCAAAGAAGGGUUUACUGAUAUCGCUGUCUCUUUGUUGAAUGCUGGGGCCUAUGUCAACAUGCACGAUCGCAGUGGAGACACGAAUCUGAUCCAUGCGGCUAAAGCUGGGAAUUUUUCUAUUGUGGAUGUCUUGCUGAAAAAGUAUGCUGACAUUGAUGUACAGGGAAUGGACAGAAAAACUGCUCUUUACUGGGCAGUGGAGAAAGGGUACACUGACAUUGUGCGCACCAUUCUGAAUGCCAAUCCAAAUCUGGAGUUGGCGACAAAAGAUGGAGACACUCCAUUGAUGAAAGCAACGAGGAUCCGUAACACAGAGAUAGUACAGAUGUUGAUUGAUAAGAAAGCAAAAGUUUCUGCAACAGACAAGAGAGGAGACACAGCACUGCACAUAGCAAUGAGAGCACGAAGCAAGGGUAUAGUGGAGAUACUCUUGCGCAAUCCAAAGAACAGUCAGCUCUUGUACAGACCAAAUCGGAGCAAUGAGACACCCUACAAUAUUGACACAAGCCACCAGAAAAGCAUUCUUGCUCAAAUAUUUGGUGCUCGUCGUUUGAACACCAAUGAGGACAAUGAAAACAUGCUGGGCUACGACUUGUACAGUAGUGCAUUGGCAGACAUCUUAAGUGAACCAUCUUUGUCUAUGCCAAUUUCUGUGGGCCUGUAUGCACGGUGGGGAAGCGGCAAGUCUUUUCUUCUUGGCAAGCUUGAAGAGGACAUGCGAAGCUUUGCAGUCCAGUGGCUGGAACCAACGUUUUCCUUCACCUGGGUCCUGUUUUGCCUGGUAUCGUUCAGUUCAAGCAUGCUAGGCUACUGCAUCCUUCUGGCAUCAGGACAGUGGUUGCUGGGGCUCAGCUUGGGAGCUGGCUCCUUCCUGCUCACCUACUGCAUUCUUUACAUCAUUAGGUAUGGCAGCACUCAUCAUGAUUGGAAUUGGGCUUAUAAAUUCUGCAUUAGGUUGGAGCACAUGCUCACGUCUUUCAAGACUGUUCUUCAGGUUAUAUUUUGCCACCCUCCAGCUACAAACAAGGACUUUGGUUCUAUUCCUGUCAGGUUCAUAUUUACAGAGCAAAACAAAGUGAGCAGCUCUGGUAUUGGGGACGCUUCGAUUGCAUAUAUUAUCAUUUCAUUGUUUUCUGCCAUUGAAGAUGAAUUUGGCUUCUUUACAACAAGAUUCUACCGCGUUUUUCAACCAAAACCAGUGGCCUCUUCCAGCUGGACAUGGCGACGGCUGUGUUGUGUACCAAACUUCGCCAUUUUCCUGGUGACUUUUGUGUGCCUGCUGGGCGCUGUUGGGGUGCUGGUGGAUAUGCUGUCAGGGCAUCAGCAAGACAGUGGCAGCACCAGUCACACGCAGCCCAUUCUCAUUGCACUGGCCAGCGUGGUGGCUGUUGUUCUACUGACCAACCUUUACACCUGGGUGCGCAUGGUCCUGUCACUAUUCCGCUCCCAUCACCGCCGUAUCCACAGCUACUUGGCCCACGUGGAUGCCACCUCAGGUGGUUACAUGGAGGCCCUCAAGGGAGAAAUCGAGCUUAUUAGUGCCAUGGUGCACUGCCUAGAUGCCUUCGUUCGCAAGCAAACCCGUCUGGUUUUGAUUGUGGAUGGUCUGGAUAGCUGUGAACAGGACAAGGUCUUACGCGUCCUAGAUGCUGUUUAUGUGCUUUUCUCUGACCCUGGACAUCCCUUUGUCACAAUUUUGGCUUUGGAUCCACAUAUAAUUAUUAAGGCAAUUGAGGCCAACCUACACAGGGCUUUCCAGAACACAACUGUGCGGGGACAUGACUACCUACGCAACAUUGUGCACCUGCCCUUCUACUUGCAAAACAGUGGGCUUCGGAAAGUCAGGGCAGCACAACAGACAGCUGUUGGGCUGAAACGAAGUGGCAGUCACUGGUGUGAGAAAGAGGAAGUGGAGAAGGCUGCUCAGGGCAUUGUCAGCACAGGCCCUGACAGACCAGGGAAUCGCCGUGUGUCAAACUCAAGCAUGUCAAUUCCCGAGUCAUUCCGGAAGCCCUCACAGCAACGUAAAGGCAAUCAGAAGCUGAAGGCAAGUGAAAGUGUGGCUUCAAGCAUGAGUAACCUUCAUCGAGGAGUCACGGGAGCCCAAGAUUUGACUAAAGUACUUUUGACUGAUGAUUACUUUAGCGACAUCAAUCCUCGUUCCAUGCGCCGGCUCAUGAACAUUGUUUAUGUAACAGGCCGUCUGUUGAAGGCAUUUAACAUAGAUUUCAACUGGUACCAUUUGGCUUCAUGGGUCAACAUUACGGAGCAGUGGCCUUACCACACUUCAUGGAUCAUUUUGUAUUAUGAGUUGCAUGAAAAUGAAAUUGAUGAUUCUACAUCACUGAGGUCAAUCUUUGAAAAGAUCAAAGGAAAAGUGCCCACAGGAAAAGAUGUGCAGCCACUUUAUGAUGUUGACCAUGAUGUCAGAAAGUUUGAAAUAUUUCUGAGCUUCCACUCGGCAUCACUGUUGAUCAGUGACCUCAAGAUCUUUGUGCCCUUCACUAUUAACCUUGACCCAUAUAUUCGAAGAGUGAUUCAAGAGCGGUAUCAAUCCCAGUCUGAAAGUGAUAGACUCAUUCACAAGUGUGCAUCUGGGCCAUUCGUGCCGCCAGCCCCACCACUGGGUCCAGUAGGCAUGAUGGGCCCAGCAGGGACGCCAUGGACUCCAUUGAAAGCUGAACUGUUGUACCCACAAGCUCCAUCAACACCUGUGAUGUCUUCAGAGCCUUACCAGCAGCAACCAUACCAUGUAUGGUGGUCAGUUGGCUCACCUGGAACGUCUAGCACGAUGCCUAUGGCAUCGGUAGCACCUUUUGUACGUGUUUGGAAUGAACCAUUUACUGGCAAGCUAAGCUCCCUGACUGUAGAGGGCGUGUCAAACUUUCUUGAAGGCCUUGAGGGUAUUGACAAGUCACGGGUUCCUGACUAUCAGAGCACACUGACGCGACACAACAUUCAUGGACAAGUUCUGUUGACAUGCAAUAUCUCUGAACUGCGGGAAGUGCUUUCUAUGACCUUUGGUGACUGGGAAAUCUUCAAGAUGGCUAUCUUGUCUUUACGUGAACAAGAGUUUCAACGUAUGCAGCCUACUACUUCAGCAGAAGACUUGCCUCCCAUGCCCUUUGCCCGAGACCGUACACACUCGGUAUCUGCAACAGCUCCAGGUGAUCAUACAGAUUCCAAAGCAAAAGAUAAAACAAGUGAUGGUUCAGAGAAGUCAGAAAAGGUGGCCUCUUCACACUCUCAGUCAACUGCAAGACGACCAAACUCAUCACUUGAAAAACAGGUGACAAUGGAGGAGAGCUUGAUUGUUGGUGCCUUGGAGACCCUUAGUGAAGAAGCCAUGGAGGAUACGCUUGAUGAAAGUGUAGCCCCACAUGCUGGAUUUCACCAUUCGCAGGUGUUGAGCCCAAUCUUGUCUGAUCCUGGUGAGGGAGAAGAAGCAAGUGGGACAACAGUGCGUACAACGGGGGAUAAUGAGGUCGAUGUUGUCUACCUCAAAAUGCCUCAUGGGUCCCCAAAGUACAACUACUCACCACUGUCAGCCUCUGUGCCGGACUAUGAAUGGGGUGUGCAAGGACCAAGCCCCACAGUCUACUGUAGCACUGACCUGCCACUUGAGAGCUAUGGUGUGUCAGCACCACCUUCAAUUGCUUCCAGCCCCAGUGCUCCACCGCCAGGGUCAUUUGACACUGCCUCCUUCAUGGGAAAGUUGGAUGCAGCCAGCCAGAAGCCACGCAACAAGCAUCUUGAUUCGGUCGUGGCACAAGAAGGCAUGUCUCGCCGGGGCAGCCUGUCACGAGAUGCAGCUGAGAGCAGUCUGAUUGACCACUGGAAAGGUCUGGGCGGUUCCGACUUGCAGCAGGAGCGUCACCGGCUGGAGACCUUAUCACUCCCCAAUGAUGCAGCAGAGGAUGAGAAUGCCCCGCUUAUUGAGGUUACGAGGCCCAUGUUUCUUGCAACGAUGACAUCGAGGGAUGCAGAAAGCUCGUCGCGUAGAGAAAGGGAGUUCAUUCAACCUUUUAAACUUUCUCGUGGCACUAGGAGGUUCAACAUUGAACGCCAGUUCUCUGUGGACGAGCGGUCUGACAUUGACCUCGAGGAGCACAGGUUGGAUGGGGCAAAAUCCACAUCAACGGCAUCCCUCACAAUGCUCAAGAAUAGUGCGGAUGGGGCGACAGAAACGUCAAGUCCAGCCACAGCACUUACUCCCCUCUCAUCAUCAUCGGGGAGGUCCCCUGAGGGAGAUCCGAAAGUGCGCCGCAGCUCUGUCCCUUCAGCGCAGCCUGAUGAGCAGAGGAGCCCGGAAGAUGGUGUGGUACCCUCACAAAGUACACCUUUCAAGCUUCCAGAGCUGUCAAGCCGCACCUUCUUGCGGCAGUUGGCUGAGCAAGAGCAGAAAGCUGGCCAGCCGUCAUGCGAGGGAACAUCAUCUGACACUGUUGUCAUUGCUGGUAAGGCCACUGAUGCCAAGCAUCUCUUCUCAAGCUCCGAGACUGUUAUCUAGGCUGUCAAGUCCUGGCGGAAUAUUGUUUUGUUCAGGUACAUUUCUUUGGCUUGGUGUUUUGCUUUCAAAGCUAAUGCGAGUGAAAGCUCUCAGCAAGGGCAACAUUUUCAUUAUGCAUAUAGUUUAUAGGGAACAAAAUUAUCAGGCCUUCAAUUAGUAACAAAUAAGUAUGAAAUAAGUACGCAAGGCCACACAUAGCAUUUUUCUAGUCUAGCAUUUCGAUCUCAUAAUGUGUGCUUGACCACAUUAUGAAAAUGUGGUCAUGUUACCUUGUAGUGGGCAUUUUGUUACUAAAUAGCAGCUGCUUUGUUGCUUUGGAUAAUCUUUAUAUUAUCCAGGGAAUAGAUAUUGCAUUUCAGCCAAGUAAACUAGAAAACAAAAAUUAAUGAUGUGGUGUUGACGAGUAACCAACAUUUAAAUCUAAGUUGACACACAUAAAUGGUAUUUUGUUCGGUUCCAAGGUAUUUGGAUUAAAUUGGGCACAAGUAAACAGAUUCUUUUUGAACACUAGCAAAGCUUUUCUAUAUGUAGAACUAAUUUGUGCAUCUUCAUUUAAAAAUGUUUGGUUUUAUCCAGACUAAUUUGCAUCUUGUUUUUGUUUUUGUUUUUUUCCAGUUACUAUUCACGUGAAAUCAGUGUUUUCCAGUGAAUUAUUCGUUCAUGCAAAGUGUUCUGAAUACCUUCACUGUUUGUUUCCAUAACAGUUUACCUUUUUUCCCAGUGAUUUUGACUCGCAUCUCUUGUGGCUGUUGGUUGCAUUUUUAUAUCGGUUGAGAACCAUUUUGCUUAUAGACAAUGCACAGAAAGUGUUGUUAGGGUAGCACUACAUCAGACAUAUGAAAUGAUUGUAUACUGUUCAUUUCAUUUUACUUCAGAUUCUUUGAAUGAAGAAGUAGACACUACAGUAAAACCUCGUUAAUUUGACCCUUGUUAAUUUGGAAAAUCGGUUAAUUCAGACACGUUCUUUGGUCCUGGCAGGCGUAUGCAUUAUUAAAUGCAGUGAAACUCUCAUUAAAUCGUCCAUAUUUGGCCGCACGUCGGCUAAUUCGGACAACUUUCAGAGCUUGCCCUGUCAAACAAGCAAUUGACUCCAAUUGGGAAAUUUCCAAUUGGUACCAAUUGGAAAAUUUCCAAUCGUAAAUUAGUACAUAACUGGACCAGUUGAACCAACUGGAACGUGACCAAUUGGUUUUUGUUAGAGUGACCAAUUGUACCCAUUGCGUGCCAAUUGGUUUGAAACCAAUUGGUUGGAAUGACCAAUUGCACCAAUGGGCAAUACCAAUACACAUAUAUACCCCACAAAGCAAACCUAAAUAGGAUUCCAGCUGUCAGAAACAGGUUUGCUAUAGCCAUAGUACUGCAUGCAUAUAUAAGCUAUAACUCAUUCCAGUUUCCUUGAGUGGGUUCAUAAACUGAAAGUAUCAUUUCCCAGUUGGUUGCGUUCUAGCUAGUAUAUUCAUAUUGGUAGUCCAAUUAGACUCAGUUGGUAAUGUAAGGUGGGCUUAGCUGGUUCAAACUGGCAAGUCCAAUUGGACUCAUUUGGUUGCAUCCUGACUCAAUCGUAACCAUUUGGAGGUAAGGAUUUCCCAAUGGGCCCAGUUGAUUACAAUUGGCAAGUCCAAUCGGACUCAAUUGGUUUCAUUUUGACUCAAUCGUAACCAGUUGGAACUAGGGAUUUUCCAAACGGUUCCAAUUAGGUCCAGUUCAUUUCAAUUGGCAACUCCAAUUGGUUUCUCCUCUGACCCAAUCGUAACCGGUUGGAAGUAAGGAUUUUCCAAUUGGUUCCUAUUGGUACCAGUUGAUUCUUAUUGGAAAAGCUAAUUCGAGUCAAUUUUUUUUUUGUUUUUUUACUGGGUGGCGAGCGCGGAGCACCGCAAAUCUGCAAUGCAAAUGAGCCAUAACGGCGUUAGCGUCCACCGAAACGAAGCGACGGAGUUCGCAUCGCCAUAGCCAUCAGUGGAAGUCGUACGGGAUUGACAGCAAUGCCAGAAUGCUUCGUGCCUAUUUGAGCCUUUAAAGCUUUUAUUCUUCCGUUUGCCAGCGCGCAUAGCACCGCGUUGGCCGCGUGCCUUCAUGACUGCAUGACUUCAUGAUCCAUGAUCGCAUCGAUAGCGGUUUCGGUUUCGUCCGCAGCAGUUGCGGCAAAAAGUAGUUUCAUUUUGACUCGGUACGCGCGUCGGCCGCAUGCCUUCAGAGCUGCAUAGUCGCAAUCCACGAUCGCGUUGAUAGCACCGCGGUUUCGUCCGCAGCAGUUGUGGCAAAAAGUAGUUUCGUUUUGACUCAGUGUGUGCGUCGGAAGCGCGCCUUCAGAACCGCAAGGUCGCCGUGCAUGAUCGCGUUGACAGCGGCCGCUAUUGCGGCAAACAGUAGUUUCGUUUUUACUCAGUGCAAAACUGUCGGGGAUGAAGAGCACCGUCGACAUCGCGAUGGGCGGCGACAUGGGCGAAAAAAUAAUCGGGAUGUGCGCGCGGUAGUGAAAAGCGUGUCUCGGAUGAAGACGUGCGCUGUGGCCACGCUGUGAAGGAAUCUGCGAGACCUUCGCCGCUGCGAGCGCUAAUCAGUCACGAGAUGACGAGAAUUGCAGCUUCCGCAUUGCGUUUGUGGAAAAUAGAAACAGAAUUUGCUGAUUCAUUCAGUAAAUAAAAGCGUGUUGACGUAUUAACAUUGACAUUUGUUUAUUGUUUCCUUGAUACCCUCGAUAAUUCGACAUUCAAUUAAUUCAGACAUUUUUUUUCGAUCCCGUGAAAUUCCAAUUAACGAGGUUUUACUGCACAUUUGCACUACAGAUUGCAGCGUUCAAGCUACUUCCACUAAUCAACUUUUAACUUGUUCUCUUUUAGACCCACGUUGCAAUCGUGAAAUUGAAGCUGGCCUGUAAUGAAAGCAUGAGCAGAAACCCUGAAACUAGCUCCGGUUUUAAAAUAUCGGUCUCCAAAAUAGGCUAUGAGAUGCACUGGCAUUCCAGAUGAUUAUUUCCCCAAAGCCUCCCUUGUAGUCUGCAAGAUAAAACUAAUUGGAAUGCCAAUGCAUUUACUGCUAACACAUUUUAGGGAUGGGUAUCUCAAAACUGUGACUAGUAUCAUGAUUUCUGAUGAGUGGAUGCAUAUAUACUACCUGUCUUCAUUUCUGCAAUUGCAACUGCUGCCCUUAAAUGUAGAAUUUAAGAGUGAACUAGCAAAACUCUGUUAAUUAUCUGUCUGAACACUGCAAAUUGUUAUGCAAGUAAUGUCCAUUUUUUCCUCUAAUGCCCCUGAAGAUGCAGAGAUGAUACAGGUGUUCUAUUAAUCAUAAAUCUUAAGAUGUACAGUCGAACCUCAAUAUAACAAACAUGGAUAUAAUCAAGUAAAUCCAAAAGUUUAUUUACCGUGCUGGUGUUGUAUUGGUGUAUUGGUUACACGAAGCGAAUAUUUGUUCCCUUGUAGCUCAAAGUAAGUAUUCUGGUAGCAAAAAUGUCAGAUACUCGGCAAGAGCAACUUUAAAUGUAACAUUUUUAUUGUAUGUGUGUGUUUUGGCUAACUGCUUUACUUGGGUGGCCCACAGCCACCAAGCCAACGUGCCAAUCCGGUGCAGUAGCACUUAUCGCACGGUUGUAUAUUAACGGCAGUGCAAAGUGCGUGUUUAAUUUACUGUUGUUACGUGCCAUGUAUUGGCACGGCAAGCUUCUGACGAGUUGAUUGAAAUCAACAGGACAUGUUUUGCUUUCGCAUAAACUUAACCACAAUUUCUUUUACACCGAUAUUUUAAUGUGCUUUUAAGUGAAAAUUGGAUAUAGUAAUGAAGGUAUUUUUGUGUCAGGUGCGGCUUUGUUAUACCGAGGUUUGAGUGUACCUAAAGGGACACUAAAGUGAAGCACUGAAUGAGUUUCAAUUGAUGAAGUAUUCUUGAAGAACUCUACUUUCAUUGAUUUCACGGUAAUAGGUUGAUUAUUAUUAGAGAAAAUGAAGGGCGAUGUUCAAUUUCUUGAAUUUCGUGCCGGGACUCCUAGGCCAGUACCUGAAUGCGACAUCACCGAUUACAGUGUAUUUUUAAGAUUCUGGCCAUUGUGGUUCAGUAAAAGCAAUUAUUAAAUUUAGUCUGAUUUUUUUAGAAUACAAUGUAGCCCAUUUUUAAUGCCAGAAUUUAACUGGGCUCGAGCAGACGGCGUCGAAAUCCAUGACGUCACGGCUAGAGGGUGUGAGAAUUUGAAGAUGCCACCAGUCUUUCGUUUUUGCAUCUUUUCUGGCUCACCAAGUGUUUUCUCGUAGUAAGAGUGGCUUUUCUGGUAUAUUGGAAUGGUUAUCUACUAGCACAGCUGAAAUCAUUUUUCUCUUUAGUGUCCCUUUUAAUAUGUAGCGACAACAUUGGUAAGGUAACAUUAAUGAGUGCAGGCAUUUUAUCUGUGUUCAUAUUGAUUUUAAUUACCGACUUCUUUUCAUUUAAACACAAACAUCUAAAAAUAAAUUCUGCAUAUUUUUAGUGUCUUGUAGUUUUACUCAGAAACACUGAAUCAUAUUUGUGACUGGUGCAUAGCCAUUGUGUAUAAUCUACGACAGUUUAUGGAGCGCUUUAGCAUGUAUUCCCAACAAACCUGCUGUGUGCCUUUGUAAGUCUUAAGCCAAAUGUGAGAAUUCUCUCAAAGCAUUAAUUAUAAGCAAAAUGAGUACAGUAUGAUUGUCUGCCUUCAAUUUUUUUCUCUCCACUUGCAUCUUCAGCUGCACUCAGAAUGAUGUACAUCAGCUAUGUCACUACACUGCAUAUUUGUUUCUCAAUCUUGUUGAUUACUAUUUUUCUUGAUUUGUAAUUUGCACUUUCCUAAACUCGCUCUUCCUGCUUCUUGCACUUGACUUUCACUCCCCAAUGCCCACUUUUCUUGCUCAUAACACCACACUAAGAUUGGUCAACGGCAGGCGUGUUUUUUAAUAUUUUUACAGACGUCACACCGACUUAAACAUUAACCUACAUGUAUCGCCGCCAUCUUACUGGUGUUCUCAUUUCACCCGCUGCUUGCCUUCCCUAUGCAGUUCACAUCUUUUUCUUCGUGUCGGAUUUCUCAGUUCUGGGGCCCUAUAACGUAAAACUAUUCCAAUCUGGUUUUAUUCCAAUCCCCCGGCGUCAAAUUUACGUAACCGCAGAUCAGCCGAGUCAGCGAAGUGAAAAUAGAUAAGCGGAUGAAGAGGGUGGUGCCGGCGUCUCUGAUUGACCCGCUUCCCCUUACCUAACUUGCGGUGACUGAUAAAAAAUCGUGGCGGCGUGCAACGAGAGUUUAAGAGUGCCGCUAAAACGGAUCCUCAGCAAGAAAGAAUUGGCAGAACGAUGUCGUAUACAUGCCGAAAAGGCUCGAUAAUGUUUUAUUGCCACGCAAAAAGGUUUAUGAUACGCAAAUAAAUCCGUGCUCAUCGGCAGGUGCGAGUAGCAAGUGCCUGAACGAUCGUAGGGCAACCAUCUUCUAUUCCUUUUGGAACAGGGCAGUCUCUGGCGAUUCAGAAAAAAAAAUGCAGUUUUGUUCGGCAUAUUAAUGCAUUUCUAAUGCGUAGACAUCACUUUGACGAGGUGAGUUUUCGUGGUUUUGUCACAUCGCGUGACAGACAGGUGAAAUGGCGCAGCCCAAAAACUUUUGACCAAUAGCAGAGGGCCGAGGGCAUUAAGGCAUCAAAUCAGGAAUACAGUAAAAGCUCGAUGAUACGAUCACGGCUAAUACGAAUUUCCGGAUGAUACAAAUUUUUCUGUGGUCCCGGCCGAGCCCCAUUACUUUGCAACGUGCUAGAGAACGGUUGUUACGAAUCGAUUUUCAGCCUGCGUCGGUUGAUACGAAUAAACGCCGCCCCACCGACGGCCGCGAAAGAGAACAGCGCGCAGUCACGCGCUUUCUCUCCUCUUUUGGUGCGGAGGCGUGGCGCCGGACAGCACGUACUCCGCGACUGGGCUCGAAGAGUUUGAAGCGGUGGCGCUUCAAGAAAUAAAUGCUUUUUACGUACAUGUGCCUGAGUGAGUUCACCUCUGACUCUUUAAUUUAGCUACAGUCGAAUCUCGUUAAUUCGAACACGCUUAUUUCGAACAUACCGCGCACCGACAAUGCUAUUAGCAGCGCGCCAAAUAACGCGGCGGCGCCUCCGACCGGCAUUGCUCCGACACCGCCGUAGAGCAAAAGCUCAGGAGAGACCCCUCAAUGCCGCGCGCGAAGGAACGGGAAAAAAAAGAACCCGCGGCGGAAAUUUCCCCCUCUCUCAAAUUGCAAGGUCGCCGUUUCUGCAUCGCGCCGGAACAAGCGUGUACGUGCCGACUAGAGUGAUGGCAGUGAACCCUUCUCCUCUAUUUUCUAGUCACAUGUUGACCUUGCACGCUGCGGCAGCAGCGCAGAGGGAAGCAGCGGCGGAGGCACAGUCGGGCCAACGAAACUGCCACGCCCACAAACGCUCGCUUCCCGAUAACGGCAGAAAACGAAACUUCAGGGAGCGACUAAAAUAAGCUGGCGCCAGCACGGCGGCGGGCGCGCACGGAGAUGUGCGCACGGAGUCGAAGGUGAGAGUGCUACGAGGGAGUUGAGAGGGAGGGCGAGGGGAGCCACCGAAGCGGCGGAGUUGACGCGGCCAAAUCCGCUUCCCAGCCGCCCUCCUCCCUCACCUUCGACGGUCUCCGCGCGCACCCGCGUGCCGGCGCCGCCCGCUCGCUCCCUGAAGCUUCGUUUUCUGUCGUUAUCGGGAAGCGACCUUUAGCCGGCGUGGGCAGUUUCGUGGCCCGCGCUUGCUAUGCGCUUGCGCGCCACGAUAUUUCACGACUCGCACCGUUCGUGCAUCGUGCUAUGGUGCACGAAUACUUCAAAAAUACGUCCUUUUAAUUCGAACAAAUUUUCGGGCCCCUUCGAGUUCGAAUUAUUGAGAUUCGACAGUAGUUUUAAUUGUGUUUCGAUUAUACGAAUUUCGGCUAAUACGAAUAUUUUUCGUGACCCCGUGAGAUUCAUAUCAUCGAGCUUUUACUGUAAUUAUUUUUCCUUUGUUCGGUUUAAUCAUGCAUAAUCAGUGUGUACACGUCAUAUCAGAUGGGGAGUUAUCGCUGUUUUCGUGACGUCACAUGAUAGGCGAAGUUGAGGGUGGCUCGAAAAUGUUUUCACCCAUCGUGGAGGGCUGAUUGCGGAAUUGGAAUAGAAAAGUUUAGAAUAGCUUUGCGUUAUAGUGCCCCUGCUCAUGACAGUAUGUCAGAAAGCGCUUUUAGAUGUGGUGAAGAGUUGCUGCUAGUGAAUGUCAGAAGUAUUCAAUUACCUGGUCACAGUAUGACAUCUAGGCAACAUGUGUAGUGGUUAUGUUAAUGUUUAGCUAAGAAGUCACUGGCUACCUGCUGUAUCUACAUAGCAUGUUUAUUUGACAUGCUGAAGGAGUCACACUUUAGGGCACCUGUAGCUCCUUCAAAUGUGAUCAGUAAUUGUAGGUCAUAAGUUCUUAUUGUGAUAGAUACGGAGACUGAAGCAAUAAGAUUGUGGAAUAGCCCUUUACUAACAAGGAAAUUUUGGGGCUUCUAAAGUUUAAAGUUGGAAAUAUUAUACAACAUAGUGUUUUACAUUUAUACUCAUAAUGACUGCUUUGCUGCACCAGCCAUCUAUGUAUUGCAGAUUCAGUUGUGCCGCGCUGGCAGCUUAAUAAUGCAGUUUUAAAAUUUUCCGUGUAUUUUUUACUAGGAAUAUUUUGUAAUCAAAAGUAAAAUUACUUUACGCCGUUUUUUCAAUGUCAUACAUCUCUGUAUCUUGCUGCUAGAAUAUUUAUAAAACUUUGAACACUUCUAAGCUGAUCAGUUGGAAUUCUGUGUGGUCACUUAGGGUCACUCAAAGACGAGUAUUGCCUACUACUAGCUAUGUCUGCACUCGUUGACGUUUUUUGAAAGCUAGUCCAUGCAGAGCAUAAACAAUAUAAACAAUAUUAUGUGACAGCCUCUUCAUGUUCCCAGUGAGGAGUCCAUGCCAAGUCAUGCAGAAGCAAGGAAUGGUACUGUACUUGACAGUCAAGUGCUGUGCUGUUUUCUGCAUUUACAGCUUUUGCAUUUAUUUAUGUUUGGUUUUGUUUUCCUAGGUUUAGCCCUAAAAGAAGAUUUAGUGCUGUGCUACAACUGCACACAUUUGCUUGGUUCAAGUAUUUGCAUGUGCUUUCGAUGAUAUUCUUGGCUUUGUAUAGUAUGUUAAAAGGCAUAAGAAAUUUAUGGUAUAGCCAAGCUGGAUAUUUGAGCUGAAUAAAUUGUUUUGUUACAUUUGC